AUGCAUCUCAUUCGAUCAGUCAUUACCGUUGUAAUACUAGCGGCGAAGCAAUCAUUGGCGCAAGAACCAUUCGAUCAAUACUGCUAUCUCGACAUUCAGAAUGCCGAUUUUUCGUUCUAUAGCACCAACUAUAACCUAAUGGGUUGGGCACCAGAAAUAUACGCAGGGGGCAAUUUCGCCUGGCAAGCCGGUGAUGGUUCCGAACCUCUCGGCAUCGAUGGUACCCGAGGUGGCCGGAUGGUCUUCAACCUGAUUCAAGAGCAAGGCUGGGGCACUAUGACUAUGAAUGCAUUUUUCUCGGACUACCUAUACGCUGUACCUCGCGGGACUCAGCAGAUCCUCAGCUGGUGGGUCAUGUUUGACGCUGCGACCUCGGCUCACGAUUUGAGCAAUUGUCAAGUCGGGAUGUCAGACGGCAACGACGAUGCGAGCAUUGUGCCCACUCUGGAAACCGCGUAUCAAUGGACUCAAUAUACGUUCUCGGGCCCGGAUGCCGUGGCAGAUGGACAAACACAGGAAAUGAUCAUUCGAGUUACUUGUCAAGCGAACGUGGUGGCUUAUGGUGGGCCGGUGGCCUGGAAGGUCGAUGAACCUGGUUGUCCGCCAGGAGCCAAGAUCCUAAAUGCAGCUGCUGCUUCCUCGAUGAUAAUUCCUACCACCGCCUCAUCAACAGCGGCUGUAUGUCAAGUGCCAGAUUCUACAGUAUAUAUUGCACAAACGCGCACAGUCACCAUGGCUCCCGAAGUGAUUACUUCUUACAUAUACGCUUCGAUGAGCACAGCUUGGGUUACGCUUAACACCUGCAGCUCCAGCGCUGUUAUUUCGACGAAUUCGGCAGCAUCAUCUUCCUUCUCGUCAGCGCCAACAUCAAGCUUCUCUAGCAAUGCUUCGGCGAGCGCGGCAGCUUCGUCGUCAUUCUCAGCUGCGCCAACAUCGAGUUUUGCCUCCGCGUCUUCGACGGAUUUGUGUCCUUCGUACAAUUUCACUACGACGAUUGUAUCCUGGCUGCCAGCUGCAACAGUUACUACUUGGAAAUCAGAGGAUGAGGUGUUGGCCUCGGUCUACGCAAGUUUGGUUUUGCUUGGAUCAAGGGCUUUGCAUGCACACUUCCAUGAUUUUCCUUCCUGCGACAAUGGCAUGAGUCAAGAGAAUUCAGGAGAGCAAGCUGCAGCUGAAUACUUGCUGGCCGUUUUGAGAUUUGGUUUCUUGAUUAAGUAA